AUGUCAACGCAGCUCCCUCGGCGCGACGAUCUGCAUCAAGCUGAUCUUGGAUCACAAGGUCACGGCACCAGUGCUUACCUGCAGAACGUGUCCAACUGGGAGUGGAGCAGGGGCGAUGGUGUCAUCUGUCUAGCCGAGCUCAAGCUGGGCUUCAUGGCUCAGAGCUGCCUUGUGCCGGGGCUCUCCACUCUCCUGGCCAACCUCUUCAGCAUGCAGGGUGGCCCGUUGGAGGCGGACGAUCAUUCCUGGCGAAAGUUUUACAGAGAGGGCAUGUACAAAGAGAUUUACACUGAAUACCUUUCCAGCACCUUCACAGGCCUCUCAUUUGCACAAGCCAGCAAGCUGUGUUUCCUGAAGCUGAAUUUGAGUUUGAUCGGGAUCGAGUAUCAAAGUGGAGAAACAGAGUUCUGUGUUUUAGUGAAUCCUCCGAGCCAUAUCCGGAUAAAGAACAAAACCCUGGGAUUUCUCAUUGCAGAGGAUGCAGCAGACGCACACAGAGCCGGCUUUUACUGUUGGGUUUGCCACAAUCACAUUGACGAUAUCUCCAGAAUGAAACCGUGCAAGUGUGAGAAUGUGACUACAGCCUCAUCAUCGCUCCUGAGUCUGAAUGUGAGACAGCCAUCUUUGGGAGUUCUCCCCCAAUGUCAGGAGCCGGAGUUGGAUGAGUAUACCUCGGGCUUGGAGCUGGAAGAGGACGUGAUGCUGGACUCCACUGGCAUGUUCCACUGGUGCAGUCCCAUCCCAUUACAGGAAGUCUCACUGACCAGGGAGAAGGCGUCUGUGCUGCCUCUGCGCCAGCAUGUGGUCGUGUGUCUGGUUGGGGAUGAAGACUCCAGGCUGCUGGGCCUGGGGGACUUCAUGAUGCCUCUGAGGGCCAGCAACUUCACCGUCCCCGAGCUCAAGACCGUAGUCUUCCUGGGGGACCCCAAGUACUUCAGAAGGGAGUGGUCCAAUAUCCAGUACUUCCCCAAGAUCUACUUUCUAUCUGGCUCUCCUAUGUGCAAGGCCGACCUGCGAGCGGUGCGGGUGGAGACCUGUGCCAUGUGUGUGGUCCUCAGCACCUUAAGCAGCAACAAGAACAUUGAGUCAACCAUGCAGGACAAGGAGACCAUCCUGUCCUGCGUCAACCUCUUUCACACGCGCUUCAGCUACCAGCCCUCCCGCCCCCAGAGCCAGCACGGGCGCCGCAGCAGCUACACCCCCCUAGGACCUCGGCCACCAGAUGCCUCUCCACCACCACAACCUCCAAGGACAGGAACCACAGUUCCCCUGCUGGUAGAGCUCGUGAACACCUCCAACGUGCAGUUUGUGAGUGAUGUGGAAGAGUUCAACAAGUCCUCCAAUAUGACUCUAACAGAGGCGUUUGCCAUCGGCUCUGUGUUCUCUAUGGACCUGCUAGACUCUCUCAUGUCAGCUACGUACUUCAAUGCCAACGUGCCCAACCUGAUCAACACACUGGUGACGGGGGGAGACACACCCGCACUGGAGGCACAGCUGGCGGAGGACAACCAUCUGUGCCAGGGCGAGAUGAACCUGACACUGUGCACGCUGCGUCAGCGCUCCAAACUGGCACAAUUGGCGCUGGACGACGAGCCCCUCUGCCGCCUACGCUGCAUGGUAUACAAAGAUCUCUUCGUCCAGGCUUUGGACUCACUGGAGAUCCUGUGUUUUGGACUCUACCGGCUGAUGGAUCCUCCUAACCCUUCUAUGAAGAGGUUUGUGAUCACCACUCCCCCGGCGGAGCUUCCCCUAGAUCCCUCGGAUAAGGUCUACUGCUCAGUGCCCUUCCACCAGAGCCACCUGCUCGCCAGGUCAAGAUCUCGCAGUUCCGUCCAGAGCCUCUGACAGACAGGGCCAACUGCUUGAACUGGAAGUGACUACUUUCCUUGUAAAUUUAGUUGCAAAUAAAAUAAAUGC